UGAAUUACAGCACUGCGUUGUGGACAUGCGCGGUGCUGCAGCGAACAUGGCGGCCUGCAUCUGAUAGAAAGUCAGGGAUCUCCCAUCAAACCCUGCUCCAGCGCUCGGUGACACCAGGUGUGUCUGCCGUCACCUCCUCCUCUGAAGCAGCACAUUAAACUGUGGUCAUCAUGGGUCGAACUCCACACAGAGAUCAAAAAGAGGAGAAGAAGGAGAGACGGAGCAGCAUCACAGCGGGCUCUGCCCUCGACAAAUCCAACGAACCGUUCAGCUGGGAGGAUUAUCUGAGAGAAACGUCGUCCACGGCAGCUUCGCCGACUUGCUUCAAACAGGCCAGAAUCCCGCCCUCCAACGACUUUAAAGCCGGUAUGAAACUGGAGGCGCGGGACCCUCGCAACUCCAACUCUGUGUGCAUCGCCACGGUGAUGGGCAUGAUGGGCACUCGUCUGCGCCUGCGGCUGGACGGCAGCGACAACACCAACGACUUCUGGCGGCUGGUCGACUCGUCGGACAUCCAGCCGAUAGGGACCUGCGAGAGGACCGGAGACAUGCUGCAGCCGCCGCUGGGUUUCAGGAUGAACGCCUCCUCGUGGCCCAUGUUUCUCCUGCGGACGCUGAGUGGAGCAGAGAUGGCCCCCGCUUCUGCGUUUAAGAAGGAACCUUCGAGUCCCGCUAAAAACUACUUCCAGCCUGGUAUGAAGCUGGAGGCGGUGGACAGGAAAAACCCUUACCUGAUUUGCCCUGCCACAGUCGGAGAGGUCAGAGGUCAGGAGAUCUUCGUCAUGUUCGACGGCUGGCGAGGCGCCUUUGAUUACUGGUGCCCUUUCGACUCCAGGGACAUCUUCCCCGUCGGCUGGUGCACGCUGACCAAGCACAGCUUACAACCGCCUGGAAACUUCUUUACCCUCCCCGGUGCGCUCCUUGCUCCGGUUUCCGCCACCUCAGCCUCCCUCACGACGCGUCGCUCCUCGUCCAACUCCUCCUCCUCCAUGCAGACCUCGUACAGACUGCCCAACCCCUUGCCGCCGCUUCCUGUCCGCAAGGGAGUCCGAGGUCGUCGUCCCAAAUCCCAGACUAUUGCUCUGUUGAAGGCAGCGGCGGAAGCGGCAGCGGCGGAAGCGGCUGCGGCGGCAGCGGCAGCGGCGUCAGUGAAUGGAGCGUCGCAGAGUCCGGCCAGAACAAGCACUGAGGUUCAGCUGGCCCCUCGACCAUACAAGAAGAGAGGGCCCAAGCCUAAGAACAAGAAGAAGCCUCGGGUGGCGCAGUCCCUGGGGUCAGCGUCAGUGGUUGCAGCUCCGCCUCCAGAGACCAGGCUGAGCUCCAGCCACGUCUCAGGAGACAACAACAGCAGCAGCAGCAGCUCAAAUGUCGUUUGCACGGUUUGCGUCUAUGUGAACAAACACGGGGACUACGGCCCCAAUCUGGACCGAAAACUGGUACAGCAGCUCCCGGAUCACUUUGGUCCGGCUCCAGUCAACGCUGUGCUUCAGCAGGCCGUUCAGGCGUGCGUGGACUGCACGUACCAGCCGUCGGUGCUGUUGUCGUUCCUACAGAGUCAGUCGCACACGGAAGGAGAGGUCAUCAGAGUGCGGUCGGAGCACGGUAUCCGCUAUGUGAAGCUGCCCUCCGCCUCCAGUGCGUCCUCGGUGCUACGGUUCCUGGAGAACAUGUGCCAACACCUGGAGAGCGACAGUCUUUUCAGCUCCCAGCCGUUCAGCCCUUAUAACAACAACAUACGCUUCUACAACAAAACUAAAUCAGAACCUCCGUCCCACACUGAGAACGGCCUUUCCAAAGACGACUCCGUAAAAGAUAGCGCCCCCAGCUCCCGCUCCAUUCACAGUGCAUCAGACUACAGAACAGCAAAGAAGGAGCGGCCAUAUUUCCCCGGACACACUGGACACACCCACACGUCGCUGCUGCCGCCGCCGCCGCCGCCGCCGCCACAGCCGAUACGACGCGUCAGCUCCAACCCAGGUGAACUUGGCCCAGUGUGUACCCACAGAAGAGUGGAGGCAGCGAGUUCAACGACAGGACCAGACCAUGUGAAACAGGACAAGGAAGCUUCAGGGAACAACGCGGCUUCCUGGUCUGUCGAUGACGUCAUACGGUUCGUCCAAGAGGCCGAUCCCCACACUCUGGGCCCACACGUCGAUCUCUUUAGGAAACAUGAGAUUGACGGGAAGGCUCUGAUGCUGCUGCGCAGUGAUGUCAUUAUGAAGUACAUGGGACUGAAGCUGGGCCCGGCGCUCAAACUCUGCCAUCACAUUGAGAAGCUGAAACAGACCAAACAGUAGAAGAUAAAGAUAAAGACUCUCUCUCUCUCUCCUCACUGGCAAUUAAACACACAACAUGCAUUAGUCUACAGGGAUAGUAGUGACCUGUAAAUCCAUCACCGAAGGACACUGAACUCAUGUGCUUGGUACUUUUUGUGAAUUGUGGUAUUUUCUGAGUGAAUUUGACUACUAUUGGGUCACACAUGAAUAAAUACGCAAACAUUUCAGUAUUUUCCACAAAAGUAAAUCCCUAGUACUGUGGAGAAACCUUUGAAACAGCAUUUAGACCUCAUGUUUGGGUGGAAAUAGUACAUAAAGUAUAAUUAAAUAAUACAAUUAAAUCAAUAUUAUUUCUCCAUCUCUGAGCAGAACACUGUAUUUUAAUUUACAUUAACUCUACUUUACUUUGACAGUGACACAGAUACACAAUAUGUCUAAGUAUUAUCAGUUACCAGAGCACAAUCACGAUUUUUGUUGUUGUGGAGGCCGUAAUUUAUCACUUUAGUUACCUCUGCAUUACAACUUUUACACACGGACGCUCUCUGCCUCAAGACUUUAAAGGGUAGUUCAGGUACUAGCAGUAAAUAUCUCACUGCGUCAUUUCCAAUAAUGGUAUAAAUGUUUCUAAAUGACGUUGUCUUUUAAAAACCUUUUUAGAUUCAGUGACGUGAGUGAUCGGUGUGAGAGAUGGUUUCAGUCCGGUUUAUUGCAUUAAUGGAUACCGACAUUGAUCAGAAAAGCAUUUUUGUGCACCACUUGUAUUUGAAAUGGUGGAUAUUUAACCUCAGAGGGACAUUAGCAGAGAUUCUGCAGCGCAGCCUGUCGAUGUAGAAAACCUGUAACUGAAGAGUUUCCUUUGUGUCUCGUUUGUGUCUUAUUUGUGCUGGAAAAGCUUCAGACUGGAGCGUUUCAGCUGGAGCACUGAUGUGGCUACGUGAUUGUAUUAUGAUUUUACAGUCGCUCACACAUGCACAGACACACGUAUAAAGACUGGUAUACUGUAAAUGUUUUGACAUUAUAAUAAAGGCAGUAGCCUUAACUGUCAAGUGCUCCCGAGAGAGUAAACGGUGGACAACCUGUUUUGUACAUACUCAAACCAAAAGGUUGUUUUUUUUAUAUCAUUUUGUACUGUAAAAAAAACCCCAUAUAAACCUGUAUCAAGCUUAUGCAUUAUCUUUUAUUAUUUUCUCCCUGAAUAGUUUUGUGUUAGUUACACGGCUGUGUUGUGUUCGACUGGAAGUAUUUAUCUGUUUUCAGUGGCAGAGAUACACAUUUUUCUGAACAUUUCAGAACCAUUUUCAAACCAAAUCACGUCUCUAGUCGUAGUUGCACGCAUCCGCUCUCCCGUAGUGGUCUUGCUUUAAUGUGAUAACUCAGGUUUUUAGUCGAGGUUGUUUCUUCGAACAUUAGCAUUACGUUCAUGACUACAUUACAGAGGAAAUGCACAAUAAUCAACUAUAUUUUGAACCUUUGUCACCUAUUUAUCUGCGGCGCUCUCAUGUGUUUAUAUACAUUUACCCGUAUUUUUUUACUGUAAGUUCAACCUUGUUCAAUGUUUGUUAAAUGUUUGAUAUGCGUCCACACAAUUAAACAUUUGUUUACAUCA